AUGAGAGAUAUUGUGGAUGCUCAUGCUUUCUCGGUCACAUUUUUAAUUGAAACAAUGGUUGUGGCUCUACCAGCUGUACAAAUUAUCAUCUUCUGUCAGUACAAAAAAAAGACAAAAAAAACUGUAUUCUCCAAGAAAGGACCAUCUGCUGAAUCUAAUAGUUUGAAGUGCUUCAAGCAAGAAGAAGCAAUAAAUAUGAUCAAUAUACCAUAUCUAGACAAAAUAGAUUCCAAUGAAGCACUGCAUGAUACUGCAACAACUUUAUGGACGAAAGCAAAGAAUGGCAAUAAUUUUAUUGAUACAAGCCUCAAGAAACCAAAAAAAUACAGAGAUCGACGACCAAGAGAUUACCCAAUUAUUGACGAUCUGAGUACUGUUGAUUCAUCAUACGCAUAUUCAGUGGAAAAUACACUUGCUGUUGAAUCAUUUGAAAUUCCAAAGGAAAAACGUGGUUUGAUACUAGAAGGAGAGGAGAUUGACCAUCCACUGGAUAAAGUUGCUCUCCGAAGUAUGUCAUCUGAUUAUUCAUUAUUCGAUUCAAAAACAUCAAUACGAGAUAUUCGAGAACAACGAAUCCGAUUACUCAAAUUAAACACAUCUGUAGCUCGCAGAGCAGCUGCUGCUUUAAAAGACAGCUCGAUGUCUUCAUCAACUCAAGAAAAAGGAUAA